AUGGAGCAAACUUUCACUGUUGAGUGUCCCCCCUUCGAUGUGAAGAUCUCUCACUGGGACCGAAUCCUCCCUCCGACACAUUCCAAGCGCAUUCUCUGCUUCUCCCUCCCAGACCAUACCGACAGAGAGCAGUUGACCGAUUAUCUCCGAAUUGCCUUCCACCACACCGUUCAACGUUUCCCUAUCCUGGCAGGCUCCGUCGUUCCCUUCUCAGAUGACCAAGGUGGCCGUCCCUGGCUUCGUAAUAUCAUCCCCAGCGGCGCGGCCCACCUCAUUGUCAAGGAUCUGUCAGACGAGCUCAGUUUUGCCGACUUGGCCAAGGCCAACUUUUCGCAGCAUCUGCUGAACACCGAGCAGCUCUGCCCCCUCCCAGAAGUCGGAUACUUUGGAAAGGAGCAGGUGGACGUCUGCCGCUUCCAGGCCAAUUUCAUCCAGGGCGGCUUACUGCUGGUCGUAUCCAUCAUCCACAAUGCGGCUGAUGGUCGUGGCGUGACCGAGAUCAUCAAGCUCUUCGCCGACGAGCUCCGCAAGGCCCAGUCCGGCGAAACAGGCCAUCCUCUCCAGCAGAGAACCGAGGUCUACCGCUCGGAUCGGACUGAAUUCGUCUCGGGCCGCGGCAUCCCUGGAGCCAUCGAGAACCACGCAGCCUGGACGUCUUCGCCGUCGAACGCCCACGCGCAGAUUCACAAUGUGGAGAAUUCCUGCCACACCUUUCGCCUCAACACUGCGGCCCUUUCCGAGCUCAAGCGCGUUCUUUCCUCAACCUCCACCGGGGCAGACGACUGGUUCUCCACCAACGACGCCAUCUCGGCCUUUAUCUGGCGGAGCAUCAUGGUCGCCCGGCAUCGCGCGGGCAUCCUCGAUGCCGACGCAACCACAUACGUCGCACAGCCUGUGGAUUGUCGCUCGAAACUGAAGAUUACCGAGACCUACUUCGGGAACGUCAUCUACAUGACCAAGUCGUCCGUGCCGCUAUCCGUGCUCGCGGAUCCAGAGGCCGGGAUCGGUGCUGCUGCCCGGGCCCUGCGCAACGAGCUCCGGGCUCUGACGGGGGACAAGUUCCGGGAUCUGAUCGGAUAUGCGGAGCGGACGGCGCUCGAGGCCCAUACGCGCCUGAACAUUCUGGAGUCGAUGGCGACGUCGGGGAUCAUCUUGACCAGUCUCUUCAAGAUGGACCUGCACGCCAUGGACUUUGGCCCUGCGUUUGACGACGGCCGUAUCAAGGCGCUGCGUCUCCCUGCGCGGGGUACGCAGGCCGGCGCUGUCAUUGUGAUGCCCCGCGUACCGGAUGGCAGCUGUGAGUUCAUGGUCACGGAGCAGGAGAGCACGAUCCGUUGUCUUCAGGAGGAUCCGCUUUUUGCCCGGUUGACCACCGAAGAUCCGGUCCUUGUUGAGGCCCCAGCGGAGGAGUCGACGGAGACUGUCGCUAAGGUCAACGGAACGGCUCACGAGCAGCAGCCUGUUGCCAACGGUGUUGCUCCAGACCAGGCAAUCCCCUCUGUACCGGAGCCACGCAAUGACGAAGCCAAUGGCUCACUCGCCGCUCCCCCGCUUGAGGCAGCAACCAACGGCCUUGCUGACAUGCAAAUCAUCCCCGCCCCUACAAAAGCCCAUUUGACACUCGUGGUUACCCAUGUUCCAGCCGCCCACACGGGCGUCGUCAAAAUCAUUCAGCUGCGCCGCCCAGAGGCCAAGAACGCCAUCUCCUGGCAGAUGCUCCGCGAGCUCAGCAGCGAGAUUGAAGAGGUCCACCGCGAGAGCCACACAAAUGGAACCCGGGCCCUGAUCAUCGCCAGCGCCGUCGAAGGCAUCUUCUGUGCCGGUGCAGACCUCAAGGAGCGCAAGCAGAUGACGCUGCCCGAAACCCGGUCCUUCCUGGCUAGCCUGCGCACCGUCUUCUCACGACUCGCAGCCCUGCCCAUCCCUUCUAUCGCCUGCGUCUCGGGAAGGGCACUGGGCGGGGGGCUGGAGCUGGCGCUGUGUUGCCACCUCCGGGUGUUCGCCGCCGAUGCGCUUGUGGCGUUGCCGGAGACAAGACUAGCGAUCAUCCCGGGUGCAGGCGGUACAUAUCGGCUGCCGAACAUCGUGGGUGUGUCCAACGCACUGGACAUGGUCCUCACGGGGAGGCUGGUGCCGGCCAAGGAGGCUGCUGCCAUGGGACUGUGUAACCGACUUGUCGCCGCGGAAACCGCCGAAGAGCCCCAGAAGGAUCUGGUCCUGAAGGCCGGCCUUGGGUUGGCGGAGGAUAUAUGCAACUCAGGACCAUUGGCGGUGCGAGCGGCCAUCAGUGCGUUGACGUAUAGCUGUGAGGCCGUGGAGAAUGCAGCUUAUGACUCUGUCCUCAUGACCAAGGAUCGCACUUUGGCUCUGGAGGCAUUCAGCGAGAAGCGGAAACCUAUACUGAUUGGAGAGUGA